AUGUCUCGUCUGACACAGCUAGCGUCUCUGCUAUCUCUGGUCUCGGUUGGCCUUGCUCAAAUUCCGAACAUAAUCCCAUUCCAAGUCACUGGAUCUUUGGAUGCCUGCUCAGCUGGGUCGGAAUAUAAUGCCGGAGGCACCAUCAGUGUCAAUGAGUUCACGGUCACCGUUCCCAAGAACUUGAUCGUUCAACUCCCUGUCGCAUGGGCUCCGUUCCCCAAGCUAUGCAACGCAGGAGCUGGAGACUUUGAGACUACCGUCACCGGCAACAUUGUCAGCGGUAAGCCCAUCGCUGGACAAAUUCAAGUUGCAGGCAGGUUCGGUCUCGAAGGUAGCCAAGGCUAUAUUUCUGGAAUCAGCAACGGCGCGCUGCAGAUUGCUGGCGGGCCAACGGUCAGAAUCAAUGACCCCGAAGGCAUCUUCGCACCCAAGAGUGCGGCAUCGCCCUACUUCAUCGCCGACACAGAGAAUCCAUCCAUCACAUCCUUCUCUGGCUUCCCCAUGUGCAUCCCUCAUGCAGGCAAUGCCGAGACAUGCAAGGACUCAAACCGCCCUGCUGGACAGACAACCUUCGAUGCGCCCGACCCGCUCAGCAUGGUUCCGUUCAAGGUUGGCGAUUUCAUCGAGUACUCUGGACUGCGAAGCAACGGAGAGAUUCUGGCCUGGAGUGUGACAGCAAUCAAUGUCCAAGUAACAACCAAAGCCUCGGACACGGUUCCCAACUACAUCCGAGUCGAGGAUAUGCUCGUUGGUGUUCAGGACACCGCAGCCAACGUUGAGGUCGCUGACGUGCGUGUCAUCGGGUUUCUCUCGAGCUGCGCUGGCGCUACAGUCACUAUCAGCGCCAUCGAUGUCGAUCCUUGCACGGGUGCAGAGACCUACCGUCGCAUUGGUUCUGCCACACCAAGGCAAGAAACUCGCUGCAAGUGGGAGGCUCGCCUCAACACAGCCGGCCUUGCUCCCUACACCCGCGAGUACCUCAUUACCACCAACACCCCAUCCGUCAAGACCAAGAACGGUAUCGAGGCUGGUCAAUACGUCCAGGCUGUCGGCGAGUGGAUAUUCCCUGAGGUCGACAUACCCGGAACGAACCCACCGCCGCUCAUCUUCAGCGACAUCCGCGGUCUCGUUCAAGGUGACUUCUUGGACGACCAGCAAUUUGGCCCGUUGAGCCCGUUCCCUGGGGCUGCUCCACCCAACCCUUCCAAGCAGUGCAGCGCCAGUGACAUUCCCGCGAACAACCCAACCACGCCCACGACGCCUACUACCGGCGACCCUACCACGCCCAACGCACCUGUCACCGAGCCUGUAGCAGCAGCCGCGCAGUUUGCUGCCGUGCAACGUGUUGGUGCACUACUCUCAUUGGCAGGUUCAAACACGGCGCAGGGGCUUAACAACGAUCAGCUCAACUUCAAGUGGACACAAGCUUCCGGUACUCCUGCUAUCACGCUCACCAACCCCAACACGCCUACUGCCAGCUUCACCGCACCCAAAGUGACCACCGAAACCUCCUUCAUCUUCGAGCUCACCGUCAGCCUCAAGUCAGACACCACCAAGACAAGCAAGGCCAACGUCACCGUCAAGGUCAGCCCAACUGCACCAGACAUUGUCACCGUUGACACCUACACAUGGGAUUCCCGCCAGUCUGGUACAAUCGCAGUAUCAUGCAGUUCCAAUGUGCGCGACGGCAGCAACAAGAAGAUGACACUCCUGAUCAACGGUAUCACCAACAUACCCAUGGCUGUCAGUGGAGGAGCCGGCCGGUGGGCAUACACAGCGAGGAGCACUGCGCGCCCGAACACGCUGCAGUGUGUGUCUGAUUUGACUGGCAAGAGCACGCAGAGGACGGGCACGCAGACGACAAGGCGCAGGCGGAGAGGCAUUUUGGGCGGGUUUGAGUAG